CCAUGCGGUGAUUCCCUCUUGGCUAUUUUCACAUUUGAAUCAAAAUUUUUCAAAGUUGUGGAAAUUUGAGUUAAAAGCGAAUACUCGAACAAUAAUUUGAUUACGAUUUACACAUCUAUUUUAAAAGAUAACUUAAAAUGUGACAGUAUUUGGGAGUACAAAGUGAAACGCGAUAAUUAGUGAUUAAUAACAACAAAUAAUAACAUGUCGUCAUUUAAGAAAACCUACGUUUCUCCCUUUGACCGACACUCCCUUCCAUUGAGUGGGGAUGCCCUUUACUGGAAACAGUUCACGGCACCUAUUCUCCUCAAAGAGAUUAAUUCCAUUGAUUACAUUGACGUCAGUCCGAUUGAGCCAAACUUUGUAGCUGUAACAUGUUCGGCAAGGGUCCAGUUGUAUCAUCCCAUUACACGGAUGGUGCAUAAAAACUAUAACAGAUUUAAGGGAGCCGCACAUGGAGCUGUGUUUCGGAACGAUGGCCGACUUUUGUUGGCUGGGAGUGAUGAAGCAGCCGUCCGAUUGUUUGAUGUUUCGUCUAAACACUUACUCAGAGUGUUUAAAGGACACCAGAGUGCUGUUCACCGGUGUCAAUUUUUACCAACCGACCAUCAGAUUCUCAGUUUUUCUGACGAUAAAUCAAUUAUGCAAUGGGACAUAUCGAGUGAAGCAAUGUUGCACAAGUUUGAGGGUCAUACAGAUUAUGUCCGAAGUGCUGCCACGAUCCCAUCAACACCAAAUUUGUUUGUGUCUGGUUCUUACGAUCACACUGUAAGAGUUUGGGAUAAACGGGAACAAGUAGACGUUAUCAAUGUUAACCAUCAAUCGCCCGUGGAAUCGAUUUUGGUCACAAACAACGGAUCACUUUUGCUUACUGCAGGCUCUACAGAGAUUCGUGUAUGGGAUUUAUUAGCUGGAGGAAGACUUCUUUCCAAAAUAUCACAACAUCAUAAAACCAUAACCUCUUUAAGGUUUGCCUCUGGUGGGAAGAGAUUGCUGUCAGCCUCCUUAGACAGACAUGUAAAAGUUUAUGACAUGUCAAACUUUGAAGUGAUUAGAACAUUCGACUAUUCCUCACCAAUUUUGAGCCUGGGAAUUUCGCCAAGUGAUCAAACCUUAAUCGUCGGUAUGGCGGAUGGCAUCAUUGCUAUUUCAAGGAAGGAAGAAGAAUCAAUUAAAGAUGAACAAGAAAACUCCUCCAAAAUUAUUCAAGAGAAACGUCGAAAAUCUAAAACAUACUCUACCUUUGUCGAGACUGAAUUUGGAAUUAAAGAAGAUGUGGUUCAAAAGGAUAAAAAAUAUGACGCAUACCUAAGAAGGUUUAGGUAUUCGAAAGCGUUGGACGAAGUAAUGAAUGACCACUACUACCUACGAAAUCCAGCUGUAACGGUUGCAGUUUGCCAGGAAUUGAUACGACGUGACGGGUUAAAAACAGCAUUAGCAGGGAGAUCUGGCCGCUCAUUAACUAGAGUUUUACGAUUUUUGAUAAAAUAUUUGGGAAGACCAAGAUUUAUGAGAAUACUUCUGCAUGUUGCAGAUAAUGUUGUUGAUUUAUAUGCCAACAAGGUUGGUGAGGAUCCUACGACAGACCAAUUGUUCCUCAAGCUGCAUGAUGAAGUGACUAAAGAAACAAAAUACAUGACAGAACUGAUGGAAGUGAAGGGUUGUCUUAAUAUGCUGACGGCAGGUGCAGACUAUUCUAAAUAUCAGUCAAAGAUACUAUCCAGUCCACCAGAGAAAUUUGUACCUUCAGAGCAAGCCCAACAAACUUUCGUUGUUAAAAUUAGAGACAAGUAGAGUUUCAGAACUGCAAAGAGUCGUUGUUGCUUGUGUUUGAGUGCGUACCUCGAAUAAUAUUAGGAGCGUUUUUUUUGUUAAUACAAACAUUUAAAUAAAUCUUUGACUAUCAUUGUUAUUUACUGCA